AUGGGCGGUGUUCUCGCGCGACUCUCUCCACCCAGCUUCCAGCCUGCUCGCGACAUUCCCGACCAAACCGGAAAGGUCAUCCUCGUCACCGGGGGAAACACCGGCAUCGGCUACGAGACUGUGAAGCAGCUGUUGCUCAAGAACGCGACCGUCUACCUCGCCGCGCGCUCGCCCGAGAAGGCCGCCAUCGCCAUCGCGCAGCUCAAGGCCGAGACGAAUGGGAAGGAGGCGGUUUUCCUCCAGCUCGACCUCGCAGACCUGCCCAGCGUGAAAAAGGCGGCCGAGGCGUUCUUGGCCCAAGAGGAAAAGCUCGAUGUCCUGAUUAACAACGCGGGGGUCAUGGUCUGCCCGCCGGGCGAAUUGACCAAGCAGGGGUAUGAUAUGCAAUUCGGCACGAAUGUCAUUGGACACUACCUCUUUACGACUCUCCUGCUGCCGGCGCUGCGCAAGGCCGCAACGGACACCGUCCCGGCGCGCGCCCUCCAGGUCUCGUCGGCUGGCCAUGCAUUCGCUGCUGGCCGCGGCAUUGAUUUCACCACGAUGAAAGGCUCCGCAGAGCGCGACACGUGGAUCAAGGCGAAGGGGAGCUUUAUGGGCCCAUGGCGUCUCUACGGACAGAGCAAACUCGGGAACAUCUACAUCGCGAAUUACUUCGCUAAGACCUACCCGGAUUUCCUCGUUUCGUGCUCCUUGCAUCCCGGCUCGAUCAAAAGCGACCUCCAACGUCAUAUGGGUUGGCUGCGGACCAUGACCGAUGGCCUGCUGUAUCCUACUCCAUUUGGCGCCCUAACUCAGCUUUGGGGCGCGACGGUCGCUACGCCGGGGCAGAUCACCGGCCAGUAUCUGGUUCCGUGGGGCAGCGUGGGCAAGCCUGACAAACGCGCGACGGAUACCAAGAUGGAGGAGGAGAUGAUCGCGUUUGUGAAGGAGGCCGUGAAGGAAUAUGUAUGA